GAGCGAUAAGCUGCCCCUCGUCUUGGACAAAAUGGCAUCAGUAUCUGGCAGUGAAGAAUAUAAGGAUUUGAAAAAGAAAGUGAUGGAGCAGAAGAAACAUGGUAAAGAGGUCAGUCCAGGUGAUAUGUAUAAACUGGCCGCACUCACGGCGCGAUGGGCAGUAACUGAUCGCCUGCCUAUUUGUCUCUUAUGUAGAAAAUUAGAUAGCAAACCCGAAGGACUGGGACACAUUUUUCCUCACUCAGUACUAAAGGAAGCGAAGCAAAAAAAGUUCUUUGAUCAUGUUCGCGGAGCAGAAGGGGGAGUGUCCAAUUUUGGAUACUAUGCAUUCUGUAAAGUUUGUGAAGAGGUAUUUCAGCAG